CCCUUUGUACACAGUCCCUCUGUAUAAUUUUGUUUUAAGGCACUUUCUAAAUUUAGGGCAACACUGUCUCUCUAUCCAUUGAAGAUGAAGAUAAGUUCUGUGCGUUUCCCUCGCUAUGGUAACUCUUUCCUUUCUACAUUUAGAGCUUAUUCUUCAAAUCAUAAUAAUACAUCUAUUUCAGUAAAGGCUAAACUUGGGUUAAAUAGCAAGAUUGAGAAUGUUAAGUGUUUAGAUGAUGCUGUUACUCUCUUCCAUCAAAUGGUUAGAAUGAAGCCUCUUCCUUCAGUUGUCAGUUUCUCUAAAUUAUUUAAGACUAUACUAACUAUGAAGCAUUAUUCUGCUGUGAUUUCUCUUUUUGGAGAAAUGCAGAAAUUGGGUACCCCAAUUGACGGAGUCAUCUUGAAUAGCGUGAUUAACAAUUAUUGCCUGAUGCAUCGUGUUGACUGUGCAUUUUCGGUAUUACCCAUUUACUUGAAGAAUGGCAUUCCAUUUAAUGUUGUCACCUUUAACACCCUAAUUAGGGGAAUCUUUGCUGAAAAUAAGGUUAAAGAUGCGGUUGAAUUGUUCAAAAAGUUGGUUAGAGAGAAGAUUUGUGUGCCCAACGAAGUCACAUAUGCAACUGUCAUGAAUGGACUCAGCAAAAGGGGCCAUACUGAGAAGACUUUGAGUUUGCUCCGGUUAAUGGAACAGGGGAAUACUAAGCCCAACAUAAAGAACUACAACAUUGUGAUAGAUGCGCUUUGCAAAGAUGGAAACUUAGAUGCUGCUAUCAGCCUUUUGAAUGAGAUGAAGCAGAAAGGCAUUCCUCCGGACAUAAUCACUUAUAAUUCAUUAAUUGAUGGUUUGUGUAGGUUUUGUCAAUGGGAAAAGGUUAAGACUUUGUUCUCUGAGAUGGUGAACUUUAAUCUUUAUCCAAAUGUGCGCACCUUUAACAUACUUAUAGAUGGAGUAUGCAGAGAAGGGAAAGUUGAAGAUGCUGAGGAAGUAGUGAGACACAUGACCCAUAAAAGUGUAGAGCCUGAUGUGAUCACCUACAAUGCGAUAAUGGAUGGAUAUUGUUUACGUGGUCAACUGGAUAGAGCGAGGAGGGUUUUUGAUUUCAUGAUAGAUAAGAAUAUUGAACCUAGCAUUAUUAGCUAUAACAUACUAAUAAAUGGAUGCUGUAAGAAAAAGAAAUUGACCGAGGCAAUGCAAUUGUUUCAUGAAAUUUCUCAAAAGGGAUUAAAACCUGAUAUCUUUACCUACACUACUAUCUUACAAGGUCUAUUUGAAGUUGGAAGAAUUGGAUCUGCUAGAAAAAUUUAUGAUGAGAUGUUAUCUGCGGGGCCCGAUCCUAAUCUAUACACUCAUGUCACGUUGCUCAAUGGUUAUUUUAAGUAUGGACUUGUUGAAGAAGCUAUGUCGUUCGUUAAGAAGUUGGAAAAAAAGAAAGAAUAUGCUAGUAAUGAAUUUUACAAUGUUGUCAUUAAUGGAUUGUGCAAAAAUGGUAAAGUCGACAAAGCUCGUGCUACUUUUGAGAAGCUUUCUUCAAUUGGAUUGCUUCCAAAUGUGAUAACAUAUAAUACAAUGAUAAAUGGAUUUUGUCUAGAAGGUUUGUUAGAUGAAGCUAAAGAUAUGCUAAGAAAAAUGGAGGACAACGGUUGUUUGCCGAACAAUGUGACUUACAAUGUCUUUGUCCAAGGAUUUCUCAGGUGUAACAAAAUUAGUGAAAUGGCAACUUUUAUGAAGGAAAUGACUGGAAGGGGCUUCUCAUUUGAUGCAACUACGUCUGAGAUUCUGGUAAAGGUUAUAAGCGUGAAUCCUUCUGUUCUUGACAUGAUACCAGAGCUUCACUCGAAAAAUAAGAAGUGGGGUCAUUGUAUGAAGAUAAGUUCUGUGCGUUUCCCUCGCUAUGGUAACUCUUUCCUUGCUACAUUUAGAGCUUAUUCUUCAAAUCAUAAUAAUACAUCUAUUUCGGUAAAGGGUAAACUUGGGUUAAAUAGCAAGAUUGAGAAUGUCAAGUGUUUAGAUGAUGCUGUUACUCUCUUCCAUCAAUUGGUUAAAAUGAAGCCUCUUCCUUCUGUUGUCAACUUCUCUAAAUUAUUUAAGACUAUGCUAAAUAUGAAGCAUUACUCUGCUGUUGUUUCCCUUUUUGGAGAAAUGCAGAAAUUGGGUAUCCCAAUUAAUGGAUUUAUCUUGAGUAACGUGAUUAACAGUUACUGCCUGAUGCAUUGUGCUGACUUUGGAUUUUUGAUGUUACCCAUUUACUUGAAAAAUGGCAUUCCAUUUGAUAAUGUCAACUUUUCCAUUCCAAUAAGGGGAUUAUUUGCUGAAAAUAAGGUCAAAGAUGCAAUUGAAUUUUUCAAAACGUUGGUUAGAGAGAAGAUUUGUGAGCCCGACGAAGUCAUGUAUGCAACCGUCAUGAAUGGGCUCAACAAAAGGGGGCAUACAGAGAAGACUUUGCUCCGGUUAAUGGAACAAGGGAGCACUAAGCCCGGCAUAAAGAACUACAGCAUUGUGAUAGAUGCUCUUUGCAAAGAUAGAAACUUAGAUGCUGCUAUCAGCCUUCUGAACGAGAUGAAACAGAAAGGUGUUCCUCCAAACAUAGUCACCUAUAAUUCAUUAAUUGAUGGUUUGUGUAAGCUUGGUCAGUGGGAAAAGGUUAAGACUCUAUUCGCUAAGAUGGUGAACCUUAAUAUUUAUCCAAAUGUUCUCACCUUUAACAUACUUAUAGAUGGACUAUGCAAAGAAGGGAAAGUUGAAGAUGCCGAGGAAGUAGUGAGACACAUGACCCAUAAAGGUGUAGAGCCUAAUGUGAUCACCUAUAAUGCGAUAAUGGAUGGAUAUUGUUUGUGUGGUCAACUUGAUAGAGCGUGGAGAAUGUUUGAUAUCAUGAUAGAUAAGUGCAUUGAGCCUGACAUUAUUAGCUAUAACAUACUAAUAAAUGGAUACUGUAAGAAAAAAAAAUUGGUCGAGGCCAUGCAAAUGUUGCGUGAAAUUUCUCGAAGGGGAUAAAAACCUAAUACUUUUACCUACACUACUAUCUUGCAAGGCCUAUUUGAAGUUGGAAGAAUUGGAUCUGCUGAAAAAAUCUAUGUUGAGAUGCUAUCUGCAGGGUCUAUUCCUAAUUUAUACACUCAUGUCACAUUGCUCAAUGGUUAUUUUAAGUAUGGGCUGGUUGAAGAAGCUAUGUCACUUUUUAGUAAGUUGGAAAGAAAGAGAGAAAAUGUUGAUAUUGAAUUGAACAAUAUUGUCAUUAAAGGAUUGUGCAAAAAUGGUAAACCGAACGAAGCUCAUGCCAUAUUCAAGAAGCUUUCUUCAAUUGGAUUGCUUCCGGAUGUGAGAACAUACGCUGCAAUGAUAAAUGGAUUUUGUCUUGAAGGAUUGUUUGAUGAAGCUAAAGAUAUGCUAAGAAAAAUGGAAGACAACGGUUGCUUAUCAAACAAUGUCACUUAUAAUGUUAUUGUGCAAGGAUUUCUUAGGUGUAGCAGAAUUAGUGAAAUGGCAACUUUCAUGAAGGAAAUGACUGGAAGGGGCUUCUCAUUUGAUGCAACUACAUCUGAGUUGCUGGUAAAGGCUGUAAGCGAGAAUCCUUCGGUCCUUGACAUGAUACCAGAGCUUCACUGAAAAAUUAAGAAGUUAAUAUCUCUUUCGCUUGGUUUAUUCGCCUAUACUAUCACUAUGAUACAAGUUCCUUUUAUCUCUGCAAAAGAAAUGGCGUUCAGUGCAAUUAUAGAAGCUGAAAAAUUGUCAAUUAAAAUGUUGCUUGGGCUUUCUAGACAGGCUUAUUGA